ACGGUUUUUGAUCUGAAAUAGGCGAAUAUAACAAGCUGAGUACGACAAUCUAGCAACGUUGGUAGUGAGGUCCUCGGCCAUCUUGACAAGAGUGGUGGUUGUGGCCGCUAGUGAGAUACCUCUGUCCCGCCGCUCCCUCCCACAGGCCAGCCAUGUCAGAAAGCGAUGCAAGUUAUCACUCAGAUUCUGAGGCAGAGAAGUCUGGUCCAGGAAGUGACAGUGAGGGAGAAACUAGAAGGAGUCGCAGCCGAAGUGUGAGCCAUGGCCGCUCUGCAAGCAGAAGUCGCAGUGGCAGCGGUAGUCGCAGCCGCAGCCGCAGCAGAUCUGGCAGCAGAAGCAGGAGUCGGAGCAGAAGCAGGAGUCACAGCAGAAGCAGAAGUAGAAGUAGAAGUCGCUCUGUUAGGUCAGAUGAGGCCAUGGAAGCUCGCAGUGGAGAAGAAGAGAUAAGUGGGGAUGAAGAACCAGCAGAUGGCGAAGAUCUUGUAAAUUCAGGUUAUGACAGUGAAGAAGAUGAAGAGGAUGAGAGGCAUGUAAAAAAGCGAAGAAAGAAAGGAGUAGUAUCUGAUUACUUCUUGGAGGAGGCUGAAGUUGAUGAUGAUGAGGGGGAAGAUGAUGAGGAUGAAGAGGUUGAUGAUUAUGACCUCUUGGCUAAUGAAAAAGAUGAAGUGGGUGUCACUGCCCGGGAGAUUGAAGCCAACCGAAGAGCACACAGUGUUUGGGAUAAUGAAAGAGAAGAAGAAAUUGAAGAAUAUUAUCGUCGCAAAUAUGCUGAAGAGACUUCUGCUGCCAUGCGCUUUGGAGAAGGAGGCGAAGAAAUGAGCGAUGAAAUCACUCAGCAAACUCUCUUGCCAGGUGUAAAAGACCCAAAUUUGUGGAUGGUGAAGUGUCGUAUUGGUGAAGAAAAGGUGACUUGUUUACAGUUGAUUCGCAAGAUGUUUGCAUACCAGUUUACAGAUGAUCCUCUCCAGAUCAAGUCUGUAGUGGCCCCAGAAGGUGUGAAGGGAUACAUUUAUAUUGAAGCCUACAAGCAGUCCCAUGUUAAAUCAGCAAUGGAAGGAAUAUCUAACCUGCGGCUGGGCAUAUGGAGACAAACUAUGGUGCCAAUCAAUCAAAUGACAGACGUGCUGCGUGUGGUGAAGGAGGUGCCUACACUGAAGCGAGGGGCGUGGGUCAGGCUGAAGAGAGGGAUCUUCAAGGACGACUUGGCACAAGUUGAUUAUGUGGAUGCAUCACAGAACACAGUUCACCUCAAGCUUAUUCCUCGCAUUGAUUACACACGCAUGCGAGGAGCUCUGAAAUCCAGUCAGCCAGAAAAUGAUCUCAAAAGGAAGAAACCCAGACGACCUGCCCAGAAGCUGUUUGACACUGAUGCUAUUCGUGCCAUUGGUGGUGAGGUCACUCAGGAUGGUGAUUUCCUCAUUUUUGAAGCUAAUCGUUACACUCACAAGGGAUAUUUAUAUAAAUCAUUUGCCAUCUCGGCAAUUGUAGCAGAUGGAGUAAAGCCAACACUAAGUGAACUUGAGAAAUUUGAGGAGCAAAGUCUAGCAGACAUGGAGCUUACCACAACUGGUCGUGAAGAUGAAGGCCACAGCUUUGCUCCAGGUGACAAUGUUGAAGUGGUUGACGGUGAAUUGAUGAACCUGAUGGGCGCUGUGACACGCGUUGAUGGAAACAAGAUUACGAUUUUCCCCAAACAUGAAGAUCUGAAGGAUGAAUUGGAAUUCCUUGCCCAUGAGCUAAAGAAAUACUUUAACCAAGGUGACCACGUGAAAGUCAUUGCAGGAAGAUACGAAGGGGACACAGGACUCAUUGUCAGAGUAGAAGAAAAUAUGAUUGUUCUCUUCUCUGACUUGACAAUGCAUGAACUGAAGGUACUGCCACGAGACCUACAGCUUUGUGCUGAUGUUGCCACUGGAGUCGACUCUCUUGGACAGUUUCAGUGGGGAGACCUGGUAUCCCUUGAUGCCCAGACUGUAGGUGUGAUCGUGAGACUCGAAAAGGAAAAUUUUCAAGUUUUGAACAUGCAUGGCAAGCUUGUCCAUGUCAAACCUCAGGCUGUGCACAAGAAAAAGGAAAACAGACGUGCCAUGGCUUUGGAUUCUGAACAGAGUACAAUUCAAGUGAAGGACAUUGUGAAAGUUAUUGAUGGUCCGCAUUCAGGUCGACAAGGUGAAAUACGACAUCUGUAUCGAAACUUUGCCUUCUUGCAUUCCAAGAUAAUGAUUGAAAAUGGUGGAAUAUUUGUUUGCAAGACGAGGCAUUUGUCCCAAGCUGGCGGAGGAAAGUCAAGUGGAGGUGGGCUAGGUGGAGGGGGCCUUGGCAUGGGCAUGGGCUUCAUGUCUCCACGGCUGUCCUCACCCGGCCACUCCACAGGGGGUCAAAGUGAACGAGGUGACCACGGAGGUUCAGGAGGAGGAGGAGGAGGGGGAGGAGGAGGCUUUGGUGAGCGAGGUCGUGGUCGUGGAAGAGGAAGAGGAGCAGGCAGGGACAGAGGUAUCAUUGGCCAGACCAUCAAGAUCACACAGGGACCAUACAAAGGCCACGUUGGUAUUGUCAAGGAUGCAACAGAUACUACCGUCCGUGUUGAGCUGCACUCCAAGUGUCAGACCAUCAUUGUCGAUCGUUCCCGUGUAUCUGUUGUUGGGUCCGCAAGCGCCAAGGCUGGAUCUUUCACUUCAUACACACGCACACCAACAUGGGGUGGAAGUACAACACCCAUGUAUGGCAACACUGGAUCUCGCACUCCUAUGUAUGGCUCACAGACACCACAGUACGAUGGUUCCCGUACCCCACAUUAUGGGAGCAUGACACCUUCACACGAUGGAUCAGCAACUCCUGGCAGACAAUCAGCCUGGGACCCCACCAUCACCAACACUCCUGCUCGCCACUCUGAGUUUGAUGAUUACUCCUUUGAUGAAGCUUCCCCGUCACCAGCAUAUAAUCCAGGAACUCCAGGCUACCAGUCAGAUGCAGGUCAGGGUCCCUACACACCCCAGACCCCAGGCACAGUGUACAGUUCUGACCACAACUACAGCCCCUACCAGCCUGAACCAUCCCCUUCUGGAUACCAGCCGGCUGGUGGCAGUCCUGCAGCAUAUGUUGGCACACCAAGCCCAGGCACUGGUUAUCAAGGUUCUCCAUCUCCUGUGUCUGGCUAUGCCUCACCAUCACCACUGGCUUCCUUCAGCCCUAUGACACCAGGAGCAGCAUCACCAUAUAAUCCUCAAACACCAGGGGCUGGUAUGGAUACACUUGGCAUGCAUGACUGGCAGACAGCAGACAUUGAAGUAAGAAUCAAGGAGACACACGAUGAUUCGGGUCUGAUUGGCCAGACUGGCGUCAUCCGGGGAGUGUCGGGUGGGAUGUGCUCGGUGUUCUUACCAGAAGAAGAACGUGUUGUUAAUAUUCUUGGUGAACAUCUAGAACCUGUAACACCAGCCCAGUUUGACCGUGUAAAAGUGAUCUUUGGUGAAGAACGUGAACAGACAGGCAGCCUACUAUCCAUUGAUCAUAAUGAGGGUGUGGUGAAGCUUGACCAUGCUGAUGUGAAGAUGUUGCAGCUACGCUAUCUUUGCAAAAUGAAAUAAUCUGCCAAGCAUAUAUUUAUAUUUUGGAUGAAUGUUAUUUUUUGUGGUCAACAAUUUUUAUUCAAAUAUUGGUUAAGGAAAGUUAAGCUUUGUGAUAAACACAAAUUUCUAAAUGUUAUUUUAUGUAUGAUUUGUUGAAUUUAUAGUGUGGGACCAGAGUAGUAUAUUCAACAUUUACCUUAGUGUCAACAAGGUACAUGUAUUUAAAUUUUUGUUAGUCAAAAGUGAAUUGAAUUAUGAUGCAAACUUUCAGCAGUGUAUUGGAGAUCAGCUUAUGUUCUAUCCUGGAUCCUUCAUUAUCUAGCUAUAAAAGAAUGAGCUAUUAAGAACCUUAAGUUAGGAAACCUUUUGAAAGGUAAAGCAAGUAUGUGAUUGUUCGUAAUUUCAACCUCCAGUCAAGUAGUUAUCAUGUGACUCAUUUUCUCAUCCUUACAUUGUGUGCUGUUACCAUUGUAGUAUAUUUGGUCUUUAUUGAACAAAUGUAUCACUGCAAAUUACAUUUUUUCUUGUUUCUGUGGAGUGUUUGUUAGGUCUAAAUUUCAGCAACACAAUUACAAAAAAGUUCUAGAUCAGCUUAUAGUGGGGUGAAAAGUAGAAAUAGCACCCACUUCUUCAUAUUCUACACCACAUGGUCAGAAACCAGCCAGGAGAGGUUGACCUUCACUUUUUUUCUCCCUGGAAAAGGUAUUAGUUUUGGAUAAGUUGCUUGUGUAUAUGGGGGAGUUUUGCCCUCUGGUUGUAACUUGUGUAACCUUCUAUCAUGGUUGGCACAGGUCAGUUUCAGCACACUGCAACUGUAGUUUUAUUUAAGUCUGUGACCCUUUACUCUUCCUAGUAGGCAUAGCAAAGGAACUGAAUAUAGUUUAUAUACUUUUGUUUGAGGAUGCUGAAUCAGCUUUUCAUCUUCUCAUGUUCAUAUUAGUUCCUCUCAUGGACAAAAUUCUGUUAGUUGAAACUUUUGGACAAGUAGGGUUUUAAGUGCAGUAUUUUGAUAGGGAUGGGAAAUAGACAAACUGCCCAUGUAAGUUGAAAAUGGCAAAUUCUGUGGGGAUAAUAAUAUUUUUACUAAUUUAAAUUUCAAUAAUUUUGUAAAUAAUAACUUUAUAUUUUCAAGGCA